AUGGCUGCUGGCAUCCAUUCAAGUCCUGGUCUUUCUCGCAGUGUCUACCCAGUCGACCGUGAUCUUGACGAUCUAUUCGCAUGCGCCUCGCAAAGUCGCGUUGGGCCAACUUGUCAUCGAGGUGUCUAUAAGGUUUCCGUUGCGUGUGGUCCCCUUGUUUCGAAGUCGAUUGCCGUGAGAGCUUCAAAUCAGGCUGCCACACAGACGCAACGAUCAUGGUCUACGGAAGAUUCCGCUUCUUUUUAUAAGGUCGAAGGCUGGGGAGCAUCAUACUUUGCCGUAAAUGAGAAGGGUCAUGUCGUUGUUUCACCAGACGCAUCCGAUGACGGUGCGGAAACCAUUGACCUUUUUGAGCUGGUGGACUCUCUCAAGCGCAGAAACGUCCAGCUGCCAAUGGUUAUUCGGUUUCCUGAUAUUAUCCAGAAUCGAAUGCAAGAGCUCCAAAACUGUUUCGAUGCGGCCAUCGCGCGGUUCGGCUGUGAGGGAGCAUUUCAAGGCGUUUUCCCAGUUAAAUGCAAUCAGGAUCGCCGCCUGCUAGAGGAUAUCGUGGAAUAUGGGCGACCGAUCAAGUUUGGCUUGGAGGCUGGUUCGAAGCCAGAGCUGUUGAUUGCGAUGUCACAGCUCAAAGACAACGAUGGUGCAAUUUUAGUCUGCAAUGGUUACAAGGAUCAAGAGUACAUUGAGAAUGCGCUUGUCGCAAGGAAGCUUGGACUCAAUUCCAUUAUUGUUCUUGAACAGAUGCAAGAACUUCCUCUUGUUUUGGAAGCAAGCAAGCGGCUGGAUGCACGGCCUGUUAUUGGAGUCAGGGCCAAGCUAAGCACGCGGCAUGAUGGCCACUGGGGUGAAACUUCCGGCGACCGUGCGAAGUUUGGACUGAGUGUCAACGAGAUCGUGAGGGUUGUCAAAAUUCUCAGAGAGCAUGAUAUGCUGGACUGCCUACAACUCCUUCACUUCCACAUUGGUUCACAAAUACCAUCAAUUUCGCUGAUCAAGGAAGCCAUGCGAGAAGGCAGUCAUCUGUACUGUGAACUUGCUUUGAUGGGUGCAAAAAUGGGAUUUAUUGAUGUUGGUGGUGGUCUUGGUAUUGACUAUGACGGUUCAAGAAGCUCGUCUGUUGCCUCAACAAAUUACACUAUGCAGAACUACGCCAAUGAUGUCGUGGCUGCAGUUGUCGACGCUUGCUUGCUGAAAGGAGUCAAACAACCAAUAAUCUCGACUGAGAGUGGCAGGGCCUUGGCUUCUCACCAGUCAGUCCUUGUGUUUGAUGUCCUCAGCGCAAACACCUUCGACGAGUCCCACGCCCUUCAGAACUUUCAGAUGCUUGGUCCGGAUUCAGCAGACCAAGAGGCCUAUCAUGACGCCAAGCAGUUCAAGGCGGAGGCAACUGCGUUGUUUAAGCUGGGAUGUUUAACUCUUGAGCAGAGGGCACAGGCUGAGUCUCUAUAUCAGGUCAUCUGCCAUGAGGUUCUUCGUUUCGCUCGAGAAACGGGCGAGAUGGCAGACGAUGCGGAGAUUCUUCGUCGAUCGUUUGCAGCAAUUUACCAUGUGAAUCUCUCAGUCUUCCGCUCUGUCCCUGACUCAUGGGCUAUCAGCCAGGUCUUCCCCAUCAUGCCCAUCCACCGCCUGGAUGAGGAACCUGCAGUUCAGGCCACACUUGCUGACCUGACUUGUGACAGUGAUGGCAAGAUUGACCACUUUCCUGGCUACCCCAAUGCGACUGGGAAAGUUAUUGUUGUGCAUGAGCUGGAGGAGAAUCGACCAUACUAUCUUGGGCUAUUUCUUGCAGGAACCUAUCAGGAGGUGAUGGGAAGCUCCCACAACCUAUUUGGGACCACCAAUGUGGUUUAUGUUCGUGCAAGGCCAAAAUCACCCAAUAAGGCUUGCAAUGGCAUGCUGUCCAAGCCAAAUGGGAAGUUGAUUUUCCACAGAGGUGGAUACAGCAUAGAACAUGUCGUUCCUGGCCAGACCACUGACCAAGUGCUUCGUACAGUGCAGCAUGAUGCCGAUGACAUGAUGGAGGAUCUUCGCAACAAAGCUGAGGAAGCUGUAGCUGAAGGAACAUUAUCUCUUGAAGAGGCGCAAACACUUCUGCACAACUUGAAGAAAACAAUGCACUCGUACACCUACCUGUCAAGCUAG